GACAAGGCGCUUCCUCUCCAGGGCCUCAGUUUCCCUAUCUGUAAAAUGGAGUGAUAGCACAGAACUGCCCACCUUGCAGAGGCGCCCGAAGCCCUGAUGGGAUAACGGAUGAGAAGGAGUUUUCGUUACGAAGAGCCAGCUGAAGCGGAUGCACGGAAGGAGCGCGCAACCCUCAGCGACGGCAGUGGCCCUCGCGUCCUUCACAUUCCCCCACAUCCAUCCCGUGGAUUAUGGGGAAGGCACUACUCCAGGGGUUCCCACAGAGCGGACCCUGGAACGAGGAUCUGGGGAUGCGGCCAAAGAGGCGGGUUUGGCCGCGGCCGCUCCUAGGCCAAAGCGAGACGACCUUACUGCGCACGCGCAGUAGACAGCCGAUGGAGCCACCAAUGGAGCCGUCCGGAGGGGAGCAAGAGCCCGGAGCCGUCAGGCUCCUGGACCUGCCCUGGGAAGACGUGCUGCUCCCACACGUCCUGAACCGGGUCCCGCUGCGCCAACUGCUCCGACUGCAGAGCGUUAGCAGGGCCUUUCGGGCGCUAGUGCAGCUGCACCUGGCCGGACUGCGCCGCUUCGACGCCGCUCAGGUGGGUCCGCAGAUCCCGCGGGCCGCUUUUUCCCUGCUGCUGCGGGACGCCGAGGGGCUGCAGGUGCUGCUGCUGGCGCCGUGUCACGAAUGGCUGUCAGACGAGGACCUGGUGCCGGUGCUGGCGCGGAAUCCGCAGCUGCGGAGUGUGGCGCUGGCGGGCUGCGGGCAACUGAGCCGCCGCGCGCUGGGGGCGCUGGCCGAGGGCUGCCCCCGUCUGCAGCGCUUGUCGCUCGCACACUGUGACUGGGUGGAUGGGCUGGCGCUGCGCGGCCUCGUGGACCGCUGCCGGGCCCUAGAGGAGCUGGACCUCACUGCCUGCCGCCAGCUUAAGGACGAGGCCAUCGUGUACCUAGCGCAGAAACGCGGCGCCGGCCUCCGCAGCCUCUCGCUGGCUGUCAACGCCAAUGUGGGGGACGCCGCGGUCCAAGAGUUAGCACGGAACUGCCCGGAACUCGAGCACCUUGACCUUACCGGCUGCCUCCGCGUUGGAAGCGACGGCGUCAGGACAUUGGCCGAGUACUGCCCCGCGUUGCGCUCACUGCGGGUGAGGCACUGCCACCAUGUGGCCGAGCCCAGCCUGAGCCGCUUGCGAAAGCGCGGCGUCGACAUCGACGUGGAGCCACCGCUGCACCAGGCCCUGGUACUGCUACAGGACAUGGCGGGCUUUGCACCUUUUGUCAACCUGCAGGUCUGACCCACCUGCUGGUGGGAGCACAGCUGGACUGUGUGGCUGGGGCCUGACACUUGAACUGUAGGGAAACUGAACUGUGGGGACCUCUGGUGAGAGGCCAGUGCCCUGCCCCACCCUGGAGCUUCAAAUAAAGAGCUUUUUACCCCCUC